GUGGGACUCGGAGGCAAAACUGAUUUAUUGCUGUGCAUUUCACGCGGCCUGGCCAAAAUUCUUCAAUCCUUCCAUUAUUCCACUUUCUCUGCUCCUGCCAACCUCGUUCUUUCCGGAAGAAAGGAACGCUCUUCUUCAAACUCCCCUGAGAACCGUUUUCGGAGAGUCUCCUGGAUAGCCACGGAACCGCUAGCUGAAAAGCUCUGAAAGGCCCAACGUCAACUCAACGUUUGUAUUUCUCACUCAACAAGCCCCGGAACCCUACCUCAGACUGCACCCGUUGAAUCAAGAGCAAAAUGGCGGAAAUACCCAAGGCUCGAAACCUGACCGCGCCUACGCCGCAGAACACGCCUGCAUCUAAUGCGCCGAUUUCCUCACACGCCACUGCCCCUAACGUGAGCUCUAUUGCUGAAGAGGAUCUCGAUCGUGUUACCGCCGCCUCGAUAUUUGCAAAGAACCCCGCUCUUGUCUCCAUGAUGCAGCAAAAGCUCGAUUCCCUCGUUGGCCGAUCUUCAGGAUACAUCGAGUCCUUGCCGGCUCCCGUCCGCCGUCGGGUUACAGGACUGAAGGGCAUUCAAAAGGACCACGCAAAACUGGAGUCAGAAUUCCAAGAAGAAGUCCUCCAGCUCGAAAAGAAAUACUUUGCCAAGUUCACUCCGCUCUACGAAAAGCGUGCUGCCAUUGUCAACGGCAAGGCGGAGCCUACCGAAGAAGAAGUUGAGGCUGGCAAAGCCGAGGAGGAGGAGGAAGAGCCCGAAGAAGAUGCGGUCAAGGAGGACGAGAAGACAACUACAGAGGACGUGAAGGGUAUCCCUGAAUUCUGGCUUUCUGCCAUGAAGAAUCAGAACUCGCUUGCUGAGCUUAUCACGGCCCGAGACGAAGAAGCUCUCCGCUGCUUGACCGACAUCCGCAUGGAAUACCUCGAUCGCCCUGGUUUCCGCUUGAUCUUCGAGUUCGCUCCCAAUGAUUUAUUCACCAACAAGACCAUUUCAAAAACAUACUACUACCGAGAGGAGAGCGGCUAUGGGGGCGACUUCAUCUAUGAUCACGCCGAGGGCGAUACCAUUGACUGGAAAGCGGGCAAGGAUCUUACUGUCCGCAUUGAGAGCAAGAAGCAGAGAAACAAGAACACCAAGCAGACCCGAGUCAUCAAGAAGACUGUUCCUACCGAGUCUUUCUUCAACUUUUUCUCGCCACCCGUUGCCCCGACGGAGGAAGAUGAGGUCGCUUCAGACAUCGAAGAGCGCCUCGAGCUUGACUAUCAGCUGGGCGAGGACAUCAAAGAGAAGCUUAUUCCUCGUGCCAUUGACUGGUUCACUGGUGAGGCAUUGGCCUUUGAGGAGUUUGAUGAUGACGAAGACGCCGAGUUCGACGACGAAGAUGACGAAGAUGACGAGGAUGAGGAAGAAGCCGAGUCUGACGAAGACGACGAAGAAGAGGGUGGGAAACCUCGGUCUCAGCAAACUUCAGAAUGUAAGAAUCAGUAAAUGGAGCCGGGCAACCCUCUGGUGAUUCUACAAACUGGGCAGAUGUGCUUUGUGGGCAGCAGGCGAGCGGGUCUAUGGGAUGUUGUUGACAGCAGCAGAUCGGAAGGGUACGGUUUCAAUACUUGGGAUCAGGUCCCGGGUUGACCCGCUCCAAGCAUAAUGGGCGUUCUGAGAAUGAUGCUGUGAUGAUCGAUUCGUCGAUAAUAGGUGGAAGGACACAGUGGGCGACUCCAGGCCAGCGGCGUCCUUCUACGACUACUCCCUACAUGAAUUUGUGGCUUCCAAUGUUCAAGACGGCGUUCAUGGGUAUCAUCACAACAGAGAAGAGCAACAGAUUUUCUUUUAGUCAGUGAAAAUGCGAGUCCAGUAUCCCUUUGGACAACAGCAAUAUCUUCAAGCAGGAGGUUGGCAUGGGCGACAAAACAAAAAUACUGAAUUUGGUUCGUGGA